UUGCUUUUAAACUUGCAUAAAGGAAGAAGUUGGGAACAUUUUGGGCAAAAUUUCAGGAUUUUUGAGCAUUUGUAAGCCGGUAUUACGUUGAAAGAAGAGAAGAAUGCUUCGUUUAGCAUCCAGACAGGCCACCUUGCUGACCAAGAAUGGCUGUUCAACAAGAUUGUUCAGCGUGGCCUGCAUCAACAACCAAAAGAUCGCAAUGAGUCGUUUAGAACCAGAUACGGACUUAAGUCAAAACUAUAAAGUGCUGGAUGAGAACCUUAAAUUGGUCCGCGAAAGGUUGAACAGGCCAAUGACUUUAUCAGAGAAAAUCUUGUACAGUCACCUGGAUGACCCAAAAACCCAGGAUAUAGAGAGGGGUGUUUCAUACCUGAGAUUACGACCAGACAGAGUUGCAAUGCAAGAUGCGACUGCACAGAUGGCUGUUCUCCAAUUCAUAUCAAGUGGUCUAGCAAAAGUUGCCGUGCCAUCCACCAUCCAUUGUGACCAUCUCAUCGAAGCCCAAGUUGGCGCGAAUGAAGAUCUCGCCGAGGCCAAGGACAUCAACCGCGAAGUUUAUGAUUUCCUGGGCAGCGCUUCGGCGAAGUAUGGGAUCGGUUUUUGGAAGCCGGGCAGCGGUAUUAUCCAUCAGAUCAUUCUGGAGAACUACGCCUUCCCAGGAGCCCUGUUGAUCGGCACAGACAGCCACACACCCAACGGAGGUGGUCUUGGAGGUUUGUGCAUCGGUGUCGGCGGGGCCGACGCUGUUGACGUCAUGGCCGAUAUUCCUUGGGAGUUGAAGUGUCCUAAAGUUAUUGGCGUUAAAUUAACUGGGACAUUGAGUGGUUGGACAUCUCCCAAGGAUGUUAUAUUGAAAGUGGCAGACAUUCUCACAGUGAAGGGUGGUACUGGUGCGAUUGUUGAGUACCAUGGUCCUGGUGUGGACUCUAUUUCUUGCACAGGAAUGGGAACAAUCUGUAACAUGGGAGCAGAGAUUGGAGCGACGACGUCUGUCUUUCCAUUCAACUCUCGUAUGGCUGACUAUCUGAAGGCAACGGGACGCGAGGACAUCAGUGGGCUGGCGGCGAGGAAUAUCCAUAUAUUGCAAGCUGACGAGGGUUGUGAAUACGAUGAGCUCAUUGAAAUCAACUUGGACGAGCUGGAGCCACACGUGAAUGGUCCUUUCACGCCAGAUUUGGCGACGCCUAUUUCAAAACUGGGCGAAGUUGCGGAGAAGAACGGUUGGCCGUUGGACAUCAAAGUAGCUCUGAUUGGUAGUUGUACGAACAGCAGUUAUGAGGACAUGACAAGAUCAGCGAGCAUAGCAAAGCAAGCAUUGGACCACGGCGUUCAGGCAAAAUCGUUAUUCACAGUCACCCCUGGAUCAGAGCAAAUAAGAGCAACCAUCGAACGAGACGCAGUGGCAGGGACUCUGAGGGAUAUUGGAGGAACUGUUUUGGCCAAUGCAUGUGGACCUUGUAUUGGUCAGUGGAACAGACAGGACAUAAAGAAAGGCGAGAGAAACACAAUCGUCACUUCCUACAAUCGGAAUUUUACCGGACGAAACGAUGCCAACCCUGAGACGCAUGCAUUUGUCGCUUCACCUGAGAUUGUAACAGCUCUUGCGCUGGGCGGCAGCCUCAAGUUCAACCCGAUGAAAGACGAUUUAGAAGGAGCUAAUGGUGAAAAAUUCAAACUUGAAAAUCCCAAAGGAGACGAAUUGCCAUCUCGCGGAUUUGACCCGGGUGAGGACACAUACCAAGAUCCACCUUCCGAUGGUUCUGGUGUUAAGGUCGACGUUUCACCAAGCAGCAAUCGCCUGCAACUUCUGGAGCCUUUCGACGCCUGGGAUGGAAACGAUCUCGUGGAGUUGCCCAUUUUAAUCAAGAUCACCGGCAAGUGCACAACAGAUCACAUAAGUGCUGCUGGACCAUGGCUGAAGUAUCGUGGUCACUUGGACAACAUCUCAAACAACAUGUUUAUCGCUGCCGUGAACGAAGAGAAUAAUGAGGCAAAUAACGUUAAGAAUCAAUUGACUGGUGACUACGGUGCUGUUCCGGAUACGGCCAGACAUUACAAGGCAAACGGCGUGAACUGGGUCGCGAUUGGUGACGAAAACUACGGCGAGGGAAGCAGUCGAGAACAUGCCGCCCUGGAACCAAGACAUCUCGGUGGUAGAGCUGUCAUUGUGAGAAGUUUUGCUCGUAUUCACGAGACCAACCUCAAGAAACAAGGCAUGUUACCUCUGACAUUCAGUGAUCCCAAGGACUACGACAAAAUCAAGCCGACCGACCGUAUUUCACUGCUCGGCUUGAAAGAUUUCGCACCAGGAAAGCCAAUAACGUGUGAAGUUUUACACAAGGAUGGAAGUAAAGAGCAAUUUCCUCUGAAUCACACUUUCAACGAGACUCAAAUCGAGUGGUUUAAGGCUGGAAGCGCGCUUAACAACAUGGCGAAAAUGAAAUAAACUCUGCAGUUUGAUGUGUGCAAAAAACAAACAAAUGAUUUGUAUAUUCGUAUUUAAAACGAUCUGGUCAACUGUGACGCAUGUGAAUGCCCUAGCAGUUACAGUAUG